UAGAUUGGUAUGAAACUUCAAUGAUGACCAACAUUGGUCUCUAGAAAUAAACUUUACUGUCUUCUCUUCAGUAAAAGCAAGAGAAAACAUUCUUGGGUGUUUUAAAAUUUAAUUCAUUUUGAUUAUGUCACCUACUCAGGUGAGGUGUUAGUUGUCAUGUUUGGGACGAUUUUCAACUAUUGAUCUACAAUCGAUUGUCUAUUGUAGAAAUUUUCAAAAAGAAAAAGUGAGAGGUAGGAAAGAAUAUUACCUUUAAUGGAAAUUAUUGAUAUUAGAUGCAGAUGUAUAUUUUAAUUUCUCAAUUAUGAACUUUUAGUAAAAAGGUUUAUAUUGUAUUUAAUUAUUAUAAUAAAUAAAUAAACAUAUUGGUAUUGGUGUUGGUGUUUUAUGUUUUUGACAUAUACUAAACAUUAACUCACACUUAUCAUCAAAAUCCCUUCUUCCCUAUCCCUAAAAACUAACACACACUUUUCUUAGCUCCCAGCAUUAAUGAUGGAUGUAAUGUCUAUUAUGUUGCCAUGGUUCGUGUACAUUUUGGUUGUAGCAACUUAUUGUGGCAGAGGAGCUAAAGACAUUUUCAUAUUGGGUGGACAAAGCAACAUGGCUGGUCGAGGAGGUGUUAUUAAUGGAAAAUGGAAUGGUAUUGUCCCACCAGAAUGCAAUCCAAACCCAUCAAUUUUAAGUCUAAGUGCAAAACUCAAAUGGGUGGAAGCCCAUGAGCCUCUUCAUUCAAAUAUCGAUGUGGGAAAGGCUUGUGGUAUUGGGCCUGGGCUUGCUUUUGCAAAUGAAGUUGUUCGAAGAAAAGGUGGUGUUGUGGGUCUUGUCCCUUGUGCAGUUGGUGGUACGAGAAUUGAAGAGUGGAAACGUGGGUCGAAAUUGUAUAAUGAAUUGGUGGGACGAUCCAUUGAAUCAGUGAGGGAUGGUGGUGGAAGAAUUAGAGCACUUGUUUGGUAUCAAGGUGAGAGUGAUACAGUUAGAGAAGAAGAUGCUAAUGCAUAUAAACAUAGAAUGAAGAAUUUUAUUUUGAAUCUUCGCUCAGAUCUUCAUCUUCCUUCACUUCUUGUAAUUCAGGUAGCAAUUGCAUCAGGGGAAGGCAAGUUUAUAAAGAAAGUGAGAAAAGCUCAACUAGGCAUCAAACUGCCUAAUGUCAAAUGUGUUGAUGCCAAGGGAUUGCAUCUCAACCUAGAUAAACUCCAUCUUACAACAAUGUCUCAGCAGAUUUGGAAAUGAGAAAAUGCUGAUUAAGUGACAUACCGCACCAUACGCCAUUGCACCACAACCAUGUUAAGGAAUGUAUUAAGGUCCAUCACGUGUGAAGAGCUUGUAAAAUCAAGUUAUCAAUGUCACUUAGUUUCUAAAAAUUAUGGUUAUUAAUUUAAAGUGAAGUUGAGUAAAUAACUAAAUACUAUCUAUGAAAACAAGAUUUUUUAUUUGUUAGAGUCAUGUAGGUGAAAAUGACAGGAGACAUAGUAGGCCACUUUGAAUUAGACCGUACAAGAUCAGAAAAAUAAUUGCAUUUUUCGAAGGUAAAUAUGCAUUUUUGGAUCAUAGCAAUUUCAUAUAAAGGCUCUGUAUUUAAUAAUUAUACGAUUGACAGAUUGUUCUGGAGCCCAGUCAGUAAGUAUCAAUGUCUCUAACCGUA